CUGGCUGUGACUCAUUCAUGACUGAGAUUACGCAAACUCUAUUCUUUUGAGAGAGCGACAGAUCUCAGCUUUAGACAUCUAACAACAUGACGGACGGAACUGCUCGAGUUAAAUUGAUCCUGAUUGGGAACUCAGGGGUGGGGAAAUCCUCGCUGACGACCAGGUAUGUCAACCACAAUUAUUCAACUUCUCACCGAGCUACGAUCGGAAUAGACUUUGUCACGAAAGAAGUCGAACUGGAUGGCCAAGCAGUAAUACUGGAGAUCUGGGACACCGCUGGCACGGAAAGGUUCAAGUCCUUGGGCACUCCCAUGUACAGAUGGACUCACUGCUGCCUGCUGGUGUUUGAUGUGACGUCAAGCGCGUCAUUCUCUGCCAUGGAGGAGUGGCGGAAGGAAUUCCUUACUCAGGGAGAUCCCCCAGAUCCCUCAAAUUUCCCAUUUAUUGUUGUGGGAAACAAAACAGACAUGGUAAACCGUGAGGUAACACGCGAAGAAGCGUCGCAGUGGUGCGAGCAGAUCGGGGCGCAGUACCACGAGGGCAGCGCCAAGGAGGACGUACACGUCACCAAGGCAUUCCUGGAGGCUGCACGGGCUGGAUUAAGACAGUACAAAAAACACACAUUGGAAAAUACAGGACAUUUCCAGUUAGCCUGCAAACAGCCGAGGGAAACUCGCGCCCGCUGUCAGUGCUGAGACCCGCACCAUUCCCAGUGUGGGAGGACAAAUUCAGAAAGACCUCGGCACUGCUGAUGUUGACGACCUAACAAGGUGGCGAAAACAGUGAUCCAGCAAGGAAAAAGGGGCACACUUGUAUACCACAUGGGAAGAGAUACAAACUCAAAUGCUUUUUUUUUUUCUUCUUUUGAGGACCUUCAGCUUAUGGUCUAACUUAAGGCAUCACUACUUAAAUACACUGCUUUUUGCAUGCAUGUCUAGUUUUGCUCAACAGACACACUGACACGCACAAAAUAAUGAAUGCAUAUGAAGAUAACUUUUGUCAAGAGAAAUAAAUCAGAAAAAGACCCAAACGGAGACCCAAUGGACCUGCGAGAGGGAGAGGCAAGUGAGCUUUCUCCCCCCGCCCAAGACCCUCACGACACAAAUGCUUUUCUUAGGAAAUGACAAACUUGUGGCCAAUCAGGGAUACCUCUCCCAUGCACAAGUGUUGUAUUAGAAUGGACCUAGCAGUGAUUCCGACUCCUACAGUGACUUGGCCCGACAGAAGCAAAUAAGGAGACUGUAUAUAUUGAUAUAUCUUAUUUGUCUGGGUUUUUUUUAUAUGUAAAGACACAAAAGGCAAUCAAGAGAUGACCAACAUGUAAAAACUGUUACAAGUAAUUAUAUAAAAGGCCAAGAUGUUUUUUUUUCUCUUUAAUUCUUGCUAUAUGAACGAACUAAUUUACAAGUGGGUACACUGGCUAUGUGAGCUUUCCUCCCAAGGCAUACCAUUCAAAACCAUUACAUAUUCAUGAGCUUGCACACUGCCAGCAAUCUGGAAUAGAGCCAUAGAAGAAAAAAAAAAUUAAAUUUAUUAAAUGGGGUUCACAUACAGGAUCAACAGGAUGAGUCUAAUAGAAUUUGUCAUUCUAAAAAAGUAAAGAAAGGGUAGGACACCACGUUUAAUAGCAUAAAAGCAUAAGACAAUUUACUUGGGUAUUUAAUGAUGUAGGGGGGCCGGGCAGAUCAUAUAUUCCUUAUUAUACUCCUUAGCUUCUUGAUGUUUGGCAAAAACAAAGACGUACAAGUAUUGAGCAAGUCGUAGUAAAAAGGAAAGCAACAAAUUGAGGACCUCCACGGGGUCUGGUUCAAAGCUCCCUUCAGUCCCGUGAGCUCUGCAUCCUAGCUGGAAUACAACAGUCUUGCCUCGCUUUCAUACCUUCGGUUACAACAAGAACGUACAACCAACUGAAUUAAUAUUUAAAAAUACAGUGGCAACCGCAACACAGCCAACCCUCUUCCCACAAACACAUACUAUGGGGAUGAACAACAGUUAAAAAAAAAUCUUGUUUUUGUUUUUAAAAUGCACACUAGACAUACACACAGGAAGAACAAAACAAAAAAGCUUAAAAAAUACAAAAAUAAACUACACAAAAGGUCUUCUGCAUCAUUGCUUGCUAACUUUUUUGGGAAGAUUUUGCAAGUUGUGUGUGUGCUGCAAGUCUCAGUCCUAGCAAGUCUAUGUCACUCUACAAAUCUCUUCCUUCGUCGUUUGUCCACUGUGUGUCCGUCUCCAGUCGUCAUCUUGGGGGAAAGCGCACAGUGAUGACAAUACCAGGAAAUUGGAAUCCAGUAUGUCUGUACAGAUCGGAUUCUUGAAGCAAAUUUUGUAUCUGAGCACAAAAAAGAAGAAGGAUGUCCUCUCUCUGUGAGGACAAGUGCUUUAUUUGUUUCCAAACUGAUUAUUACCCUCUCCGUUCCCCCAGCAUCUUAACUUAUGCCACUGCAUUUCCAGCA